GCGUUGCCUAGUUCCGUUUGGACCUCCUCCUCCUUCCUCCCCUCCUCUUCACUCUCCCUUGCAUCACCAACAAGAAGGCUAACGCACACCAACCCAAGAGCAAGGAGGGGGAGAGAGAAGGGAAAAAAAAGAAGGAAUUUUGAUCGCCCAGAGUGUAGUAGUAGAAUAGCAAUUUGAUCUCUCCUUGUUCGAGGUCAGUGCGCGAGGCAAUAAUGGUGGCCGUGGAGGCUGCGGCGGCGGCGGCGGCGGCGGCGGUGGAGGGCCCGAUCCGGGCGGAGGCCAAGGUGGCGCCGGAGGCAGAGGCCGAGGUGGAGGUGAAGGGCGAUGCCCCGGCCGCGGGGGAGGCCGGGGAGGAGGAAGAGGAGAAGGAGUACAAGAGCGACAUGAGGAAGCUGGAGGAGCUCAUGUCCAAGCUCAACCCCUGCGCGCAGGAGUUCGUGCCGUCGUCGCGCCGCGCCGCGGCGCCGGCGUCGCUGGCGGUGAAGCCGGCGGGGGGAGGCGUGCUCUCCGCCGACGCGCCGGUGUUCGUCUCCGCCGCCGAGUACUACGGCGCCCCCGGUGGGCACCUGCAGGUGGCCGGCGGCGGCGGUGCCAGCGGCGGGAGCAGGGACUCCAGCAGCGACGGAUCCAGCAACGGCAGCGGCCACCCUCUGAAUCGCCGGAGAAGGAAUAGCUUCAACCAGGGGAGGCGGAGGAUGGGGGGCCGACCCCGACGGGCUGAUAGGGAGGAUAGUGUGCGGCGAACCGUCUAUGUCUCUGACAUUGAUCAGCAUGUGACUGAGCAGAAGCUUGCUGAAGUGUUCUCUAAUUGUGGACAAGUGGUAGAUUGCCGUAUCUGUGGUGACCCGCAUUCUGUCCUGCGUUUUGCGUUCAUCGAGUUUGCUGAUGACGCUGGUGCAAGAGCAGCAUUAACACUUGGGGGAACCAUGCUCGGUUAUUAUCCUGUUAGAGUUUUACCUUCUAAAACAGCAAUUCUACCUGUGAACCCUAAAUUUCUUCCUCGAACUGAAGAUGAGAAAGAAAUGGUCUCAAGGACUGUAUAUUGUACUAACAUAGAUAAGAAGGUUACUGAGGAGGAUGUAAAGAUUUUCUUUCAGGGUACAUGUGGGAAGGUUUCUCGGCUGAGGCUCCUUGGUGACUAUGUACACUCCACGUGCAUUGCUUUUGUUGAGUUUGCUCAGGCAGAAAGUGCAAUUAUGGCCCUGAACUUCAGUGGCAUGGUCCUUGGCUCCCUUCCUAUUAGGGUGAGCCCUUCCAAGACACCAGUCCGUCCGCGGUCUCCUCGCGUGAUGUCCAACUGAGCCCAUCCCGCUCCAAGCCGUCAUCGCCCUUGAGGCUGCCACCAGUGGCAGAUCAUCCCCUGGCAGAGCUUCCUCUAGUUGUGAUCGUGGUAGAGCCAUCGCAUCGAUGAAUCAGUAACCCGUGGUGUUUUCCUAGUACCUAGUCGUCAUAGGAAAGUCAACUUGCCGCUAAUGUUCUCUCGGAGGCCCAUGCAUCUCUUGUUGUGGGAGGCACCAUUUCCCUUCGUUUCUGUUCGUUGCCGUUAUGUUAAUUAUGGAUGAAUUCUUAUAUAACAGCCUUUUCAGGCACCAGAAGAAUAAUGUCUAGCAUCGUCUCUAUUUUUGUGGCC